GUUUGAACAUGACACACAUGAAGGAGGGAGCUAGAGAACGGAGACCCGGAUCCUCGUUGUUCUCUGAGGACCAGUGAGGUUACCUACCGUAUUGAGGAAUGUUGCAAACAGGGGUGUCGCCUACAGAUAAUCUUCAAUAGGACGAGGAGCAAGGUGGUUUUCCUUGUUAUUGUAGGCUUGAGAGUUGGUUCGCUGAAACCAACUUCCAAAUUAGUGGCAAUAGAGCUGCUGAGGGUUUGUUUCAACGCAGCUGUUUAACUGGACAGCCAUGGAUCGUCGUGAGGGGACCAUGGGACGCACUCGAUCGCGAGACAAUGAGACAUUCGGAGGCAUCGAGGCAGAAGCGGCUGUGUGGCACCAGGCCGACCACCCAUCUGCAGCCAAUUUCGAGGAGGAGCGUUUGAAACGACAUAAUGGUGGAGAGCAGAACCUGAAGGCACCCGCAGCUUUUGUUGAAUUUGACCCCGGCAAUGGUUCUUUAAAUAAAGAUGCGGGCGAGGAUUUCAAUGCGGGCGCUUAUGCCUUUUUUGGGGACCCAAGCGGCAGUGGUCUGGAGCUGGAGUUGGGUGGACUUGAGGAGGAUGCGGGGGGUGCACUUGCCCCAGAUGACGAGGGCGGGGUGAAAGGGCUGGAAGGGGAGGAAGAGGUGGACAUUGAGGAGCUGCGAGAUGACGACAGCAAGCAGCAGGUGGCACAGGCAUUUGCGAAGUUGACCACUUCCGAUGGCCCGCCUGCGCCUGCGCCCUGGCAACUGGUGGACACUAGCUCAAGCACUGCCCCUGCUGCCACCCCUGCUUCUGCACAACCCGCAUGGUGGCCACGAGCAGAGGGCCCUGCAGGCGGCCCUCAGGAGAGCUGGGAGUGGCACGUGCGCCAGUUGCAGGCGCAGCAGGCCCAGCAGCGGCAGCUGCAGCAGGGGCAAGGCCUGCCAGCAGGCGCCCUGUCUGUGGAGCAGCUGGAGGCCAGCCUCAGGCAGGGAUCUGCGCAUGAGCGCACCCAAGGUUACCCGGCCGCCUCUGGGGCUCCCCCCAACCGAGGCCCGCCAGGCUUCUCAGCAUCCCGGCCUGCCGCUUUCCCUGCUGGAGGACCCCCGCUCCCGCACUUUGAUCAGGGGCGUCCCCAGUUUCGUGGCCCCCCUAUUGGGCCUGUCUAUGGCGGUUCCUGGGCACAGCCUUCCCCUGGUCAUCUAGGAGAACGCACACACUCCCCGCAACCUUUACCACCCGCGUGGGGGGACGCCCUCAGCUCCCAGGCUCUACUCCAUUUGCAUGCCCUCCAACAGCAGCAGCAGCAGCAGCAGGCCUCCGUUGCGAGCCUUCCUCCUCCAUAUGCACAUGAGCAGGGCCCCUCGGCCGGGCCCUACUAUGGGGGUGCAGCCCAGCUGCGGCCACAGCGAGCAGGGGGCGAGGGGCAGCCCCACUACGGCAGCCAUCAGUCCAGCUCUGCAGAGAGGCGGCCUGGCCCCAUGCCCCCGCAGGGGCAGGGCUAUGGCGCGCUGCAGCAGCAGGGGUAUCAAGGUCGGCCCAACUACAGGUCCAAGUACGUGAGCCACGAGGAGGUGGAGGCAAUCGUUCGCAUGCAGUGGAGCGCGACGCACCCGCAGGACCCAUACACCGAUGAUUACUACCACCAGGCCAGCCAGGCCAAGGCCGACGCCGCCACCCCGCAUGGCCGCCGCCAUUUUGCGCCCUCGCACCUGCGCGAGGGGAAGGCCACUGCGGAGCCCCACGCCUUCUUGCAGGUGGAGGGCUUGGGCCGCAUCCCCUUCUCGUCCAUCCGCCGCCCGCGGCCGCUGCUGGAGGUCAGUGCCCCCCCCUCCAACAAGGAUGGCUCCCGCGACACCCUCACGCCGCCGCCGCCGCGGCCCCUGGAGCAGGAGCCCAUGCUGGCAGCGCGGAUCGCCAUUGAGGACGGCAUGUGCCUGCUCCUGGAUGUGGACGACAUCAACCGCCUGCUGGCCGUCUCCCAGCCCCCUGACGGCGGGCUGCAGCUGCGGCGCCGCAAGCAGAUCCUGCUCGAGGGCCUCGCUGCCUCCUUGCAGCUUUCCGACGCAGCAGACCACGGCGGCGGGCGCGAGCUGAGCGACCUCGUGUUCUUGCGCCUGGUGUCGCUGCCCAAGGGCCGCAAGCUGAUUGCGCGCUACCUGCAGCUGCUGCCGCGUGGCUCCGAUCUCUCCCGCACCGUCGUGCUGGCCAUCAUGCGCCAUUUGCGCUUCCUGUUUGGCGGCGCACACGCUGAUCCGGGCACAGCUACCAGCCUUGCAGGCUCUGUUGCCGCGGCCAUCAGCAGCCUGGACCUGGCCGCCCUUAGCGCGUGCCUAGCCACCGCCCUCGGCGCAGUGGAGUACCCCCCACUCCGGCCCCUGCGGAGCGUGAACGGGGACGGCGCCACCGUGGUGCUUCUGGCGGUGCUGGACCGUGCUUCGGUGCUGCUCAGUGGGCAUGAAGGUGGCGCCCUGCCCUCGGCCAUGGCGCAGGAGAUCUGGCAGUCCAAUUUCGACUCCUUUUUCGGGCUACUGGCCAAGCACUGCAGCGCCAAGUUCGAGGCCAUUGCAGCAGCUGCAGAAGCGGGGGGGGGCAUGAACGCGGCGGCUGCAGCAGCAAUCGGGGCGGAGGUGCCCGUCGAGCUGCUGCGCUCCAGCCUGCCCCAUACUAACGAUAACCAGCGAGCAUUUUUGCUGGACACAAUUAGGAAGACUGUCGCAGCAGGGGGUUUUGCACAUGGCGGUAGAGAGAUGCAGCCAAGUACGGCAGCCGUCCAUGGCUAAAACCGAUUAUGUCAUCGAGAGCAUUCAGUGGGGAAUUGUGAUGACAUUCCUUUCAAAACCUGCUGGGAACGGUGAGAAUAAAAGGUAUUGUCAGAUCGCGCUAUUUGGAGUCUAGUGAGGGGACAUUCGUACUAUGCAGGUAGUCACAGCAGACGGCUUUGCGUUGGCUGUGACGGUUGAGUCUGUACAAAAGUUAGCGAGGGUUCACCUGCGGCCAUUGCAAAGAUCAGAUAGUAGUUAGUCCCUGUAUGCUAUGGCACAAGCUGAGCUCGUUUAUCAUAGGAAUUGCUUUGAGAUAGACAUAGCUCUUUGUAGCUUGUUUGCAGCACUGAUAUAAUACUUUUCUAGGACAACAAAGUUUGGGCCACCUUAUAGCUGUAGGACAGGGAAGGGUGUGCACAAUAAACGCAUUGGGAGUUGGAAGCAGGACGAAGCUGGGACGGUGAUCGGUUGGCACCCGCUAAGCUCUCGUGAGAAGUCAACUUGAAGUAUAACUUCAGUCUGAUCAAGAGCUAUGCCAUGUGCCAUCCGUCAACUAACCAGGGAUUUUCAAGGAAGAGUAUUGUUCAUUGCUUCAUUGGCGGCUGCACGCUGGCGAC